UACACACAGAUUCACAGACCCACACACACACAUACACAAACACACACACACACAUACAUUAUUUUCUACAUUAUUCAGAAGUCUACUAACUGAACAUCUUUCAAUGAGAGAAUUUUAUACAACAGGCCAAACAGGAAAUAUUCUGUAUUUUACCUGUAGCUACAGACAACAUUUAUAUUUUUAAAUUACGGGGCAAAGUCCGGUUAACCAGCUGCUCCCCUCCCCCCGUCACACAUCCGGGCGGUAUGAGCGAGUUUUUACGAUGAAGACAACGCCUCCUCAGGAGAACUAAAGCCGUAACACAUCAAACUAAAACUCAGUUGUAUCCCUCCGUCAACAUGUAUCUCCUGGCGCUGAUGUUCGGGAUUCUGCUUCUACCUGAAGCCUCCACCCUGAGAUGUCACGUGUGUUCCGAGGGAGACCCGGUACAGAAUGCCCUCAGGGUCAACAGUGUGCUGCAACGAAAAUCGUUUCAUACGAAGGUGGUUCAAAAGUUGAAAUAAACUCACAAAAAUGUCUCAAAGCUGAAGAGUGUGUCGAUCACUCGAUCAACUAUGGACUCUCCCAAACCAAAGUUACCACCAAGUGUUGCAACACCCCUGACCUCUGCAACAAAGAUCUGCUGGCCCCAGAACUCCAAUCCAAACCAAACGGUAGACUGUGCUACUACUGCGAUGAUCAUUCUUGCACCAACACCCUAAUGUGUGAGGGGAUUGAGCAAUACUGCAUCUCACUUACAGGCACCCAAGGAGGACAAAAGGUGACCGAGAAGGGCUGCGCCUCCAACUACAUUUGCACUGCGAAGGAUAAAUUCUGGCCCGCAGAAAUAACAACUAGCUGUUGCCAGGGCAACCUCUGCAACGGCGCCAGUAACCACGGCGCCGGCCUGGUUCUGCUGGUCGCCCCGCUGCUCUCUCUGCUCGUGACCUCUUAUUAACUCCUGGAGAUGCUGGAACCAGGGAGGGAAAGAUGUAAUUGAGAUUAUUUUUGACUGAUACUGCGAUUGUGAUAUGAGUCACGAUAUUGGAGGUUAAUGACCAAUUUUGUAUCAUUAUUCUCAUUUCAUUGAAAUAUUGAAGUGUGAUAUUUUUUUUUGCAUGAAUCUGUAGCAAGCAAAGAUGAUUUCUGUAGUUUGUAGGAGAGGAUUUGUAGGCCUGGAUGUCUCUGCAGCACCAUAAUACUUUAUUUUAGAACGGUUUGACACAUAUUGCACUAGUCCAUAUUGCGAUUUCGAUAAAAUUAUGAUUAAUUGUGCAGCCCUAACUGGACCUUUUUCACAGCAGACAUGUUAACUUGUCAUAGCAGGAAAAGCACAGCUGAGAUUGAUCACCUUAACGAUGGCUCAGUUCCAUCAAGUGUCCCAGUAAGAUAUUACAGUGAUAGUGAACUAUAUUUCUGUCAGUUAAAGCUAUAGUGCACACACACACACACACACAGACACACACACACACAAAUACACACACAGACCCACAGAAACACACACA